AUGUCCAGUGAAAGACAACAAUCUUUUAUUGAAUGCAAUAUGGGAGCCAAAUCUCCAAUGCCACUCUCUCCGUCGAGAGAAUUCCAUAACGUUCUUCACAUUGAUAUUAUUCCUUCACGUUUCCUCAUUACUCCAGAAAUUGAAAAUCUUCUACGCAAAAUUGCAGUUCAAUUCGUUGGUUUUAUUCAAAAGAAACAUUCCCACUCCCGAGUUGCUGUAUCCUACCCUCAAUGUUGUGGACAAGCUGGCAUUCCAAACUCUUUGUUUCAAGACUUCAAGAAUCCUCAGAUUUGGAGGUGCUAUCCUAAGUUCGAUGUCCACAAUCGUUGUGAAGCAAAAUACGAUCAAAUGUCCCCUUAUGCACAAUCCUGGGACUCUAUUCAUACAAUUUUCAAGCAGUUCCUUUCUUAUCGGAGUUGUAUUGCGUCGAUUCAGUCGCUUCCAGUGGGUCUGUGCCCAUCGAAAGAUCAAACAUUCAUGAAAACCUUGUGUUCUGCCAAGCCUUUCACUCAUUUUUUUGAUCUGCGUCUCGCUGUUCCUACUUUGCAUCCUGAUGUAGGUUAUCUACUAGCAACCCCACCAUCGCUUCCUUGGUCUCUCUCUGUUGCUCUAGAAUUCUUCCACCUACAAGCUGUGAAUGAAGAAGAAAGUGGGUGUAAUAACACUAAUCUCACGACUGACACAGUUGGAGUGCUGAGAAAUUGGAUUGAUUUUAUGCUCUAUGGAACCCUGAUUGAAUCCGAAGAAGAAAAGAUAAAUCAUUUGGGCGAAGAAUGGAUUCGAACAACAAGCAAAUCAUCAGCACAUUCUAACUCUUCUUUUCCAGCAAUGAUGACGCUUGUUUUGGACUGCUCCAGUUUGAUGCCUUCAGAGAUUCCCCAGGCAGGUGAUUUGGAUGAACAGUUUUUCAAAUUAGACAAGGCUUGGCAAGACGCCGUUCAUCUUGGUGUUCAGCAGUCUAGGGGGGGUAUAGUCCUCAUCUCCCCCAAACAGCUUGAGAAUUCAGAUGAUUUGUUUAAACUUUUUGAUGAUGCUGACACGGUUUGUCACAAGCGUUUCGCCCAGUCCAAAGACCAUCAAUUUCAUUUAAAACGAUGGGAAUAG